AUUUCGUCCUCGAGUGAAUCCUCCAUCGGACACUCAGCCGACAAACGCGCGUCACACUCGCGUCGGUUCAAAGGUCGAUUAUUUGUGACUGCAAAUCGCAGAGACUCGGUCGGUCUGAAAAUCGGAGCAGAAGAAAUGGAGAAUUUAAUCAACACUGUAAAGGGCUCAGCACUGGGGGUGGCUGAGUAUUUUACGCCAAUUCUCAAGGAGUCGAAGUUCAAAGAAACAGGGGUGCUGACACCAGAGGAGUUUGUGGCCGCGGGAGACCACCUGGUGCACCAUUGUCCAACCUGGCAGUGGGCCUCUGGAGACGAGAGUAUGGUCAAGAGCUACCUGCCUAAGGACAAGCAGUUCCUCAUCACCAGAAACGUUUCAUGCACCAGACGCUGUAAACAGCUGGACAUUUUGGACCCGUCAGAGAAGAUCUUGGAGGACGUGGACGGUGAGGAGGGUUGGGUGGACACUCACCACUUCUAUGCCAGCAAGGAGAAGGAGGAGAAGGUCACCGAAAUGACCACCGAGUCAGCCGAAGUGGUAAGAGGAGAUAUCAAAUCCGGAAUUUGGUCUAAGGAGUUUCAGGAGACAAAUAAUGAGAACGAUCAGGAGAGCGGGGACGAUGAGGCAGCGGACAUGGAGAACUUUGAGGAGAGUGGCUUGCUUGACUGCGAGGAUGAGGCUGUGGCGCAGGUGGCCAAAAAGCUGCAGGAGGUGGCCACCACCAGCAGUCCCGAAGGUGAAAUCCUGCAGACCAGGACCUACGACCUCCACAUCACCUAUGACAAGUAUUACCAAACCCCAAGGCUUUGGCUCUGUGGCUAUGAUGAGAACCGCAAGCCAUUGACGGUGGAAGAGGUGUACGAGGAUGUGAGUCAAGACCACGCAAGAAAGACUGUCACCAUGGAGAGCCACCCCCAUUUGCCUGGGCCUCUCAUGGCCUCUGUUCACCCUUGCAGACAUGCAGAAGUGAUGGUGAAAAUAAUCCAAACAGUAGAAGAGGGAGGAGGAAAUCUGGGUGUGCACAUGUAUCUUAUUAUCUUCCUCAAGUUUGUUCAAGCUGUAAUUCCAACCAUCGAAUACGAUUUUACGCAGACAUUCAACAUGUAAUUGGCAGAAAAGUGAUCUUUUUGUCCUGAAACUUUCCAGUAAUUCUGAGUAAUUCCACACCAAGCUUCAGUUUAUUAAAAAUAAAAGCUUUCUGACAGGUUUUGUGGCAUUGGAAUUUUGGAAUUUGCGAAAUGAAGAUUUAUCUAUAAUUAUAUUGAAAAAAUUAAUAUUUUAUGUGCUGCUCAUAAGAGAAAAUUUAAUUUUUAUUCUUGUUGUGAGAAUUUUUACUGUCAUAAUUUACAGUGAUGAAAACAACUUAUUACGCCAUGAAAAGCUUAUUGAACCUUAAUAAAUUUUAUUUCAGCAAAAUAAUUGCUCUUGUUUUA